CCACAAGACUACGGGGAUGAAGAGCCGACUGAAAUUCUCUGACGAUUCCCAUCGGGAGAAGGUGUGGUCACCAGAAAUGGUUUUCUACUACAUGAACCUGCUAUUUGACGAGUACAAUACGGGAACGCGAUUUGUGCUCUUUAGAUCACGCGACAGCUAUGGCCCAAAAACUAGACAUCCCGAGCUCACAUUCCACCCCUUUCUGUGGGCAGGCGACUGGCACCUAGCAAUUGGGUUCCACGAAAGCCAGAAAAUAGUAUUGGUAAACUGUUCUGAAUUGCAACCAGAGUCUGAUGUGGGGUUUCCGCUUCGAUCAGUAUUGAAAAUAGAGGAUUUUGUGAUCUAUUUUGGGCACAAGGUCAACAAGUCCACCCUGAAGAAACCAUACAGAGUGACGAACUUUAUUGAGCCCCUGUGUCCAAUCAACGCAAUCAACCUGCUCUCACUUGUAUUCACGUUCUGCGUCUCGCCUACACACCUCAAAGAAAUGUUCACUUCGCCAAACCCCGAGCUUCGAACCUUUGAUGUGUCUGAGUUUUACGAUGAGAUCAAAAACUUUGAUCGUUUCGGCAAUGCCAGACAAAUAUUGGGAAACUCGCUUAUGAACAGGCUGGUGGAGAAGAGCAAGACAAAGCCAGAACUGGACCCUGUAAUUAUUUCGAAAUUUGAUCCAAAAACUGCCGACUUCAGCAAGUAUUUCCCUGUCAAGACGGCCCAGCAUUUUUUGGAGAGCAUCAACGCACAAGCCGACCAGCUGCCGGAAGAUGCCGACGUUUUUGACGAGGUGGUAGAAAUGAUCGAGGGCUGGUGCCACGUGGAGAAUCAUACUGGUUUUGACAACUGGAGCAUGCUUUUCCGAGAAAUUACAGUCGGAUGCUAUAAUUCAAGAAGCAAGAUUGAAUUCGACGAGGAGGAGUUUCAGGAGGUUCUUUUGAGCGCAGACCAUCGAAGCCAGGUGUUUCCACUUGUCCUGGAAAAUGGCUCUAGCUACUUGAUUAACGCAGACCGGACUGAAGACCAACUGGUGGUCAACGUGCUUGAAAUCUCAUUUAAGUCACGGGGAGCAAAAGAUGUGUGUAAGCCCUUUGCAGUGCGGCGUCUGAUUGAACUUUAUGGCUGGCAUAACCGCAGAAUGGUGAACAAGAUCAAUAUGGAUAAAUACUCAGUCCAGGGUUCGAAGUUGUACCAUGUUUUAUCUGGCUUCAUCUACUUUAUCCACUACUUUAUUUACCACGGCAGAUUUGAUGUACACUUCAAACCGGAUCAAAUGGAUAUUGACAGCCACAGUAUUGUGUUUCAGUCUAUGAUGCACAAGAUAGUUGACAAAGACAAAUCAGGCGUCAUUGAGGACUACGCAAGGUUAGUGAGAUAUAUAGAGGUGUAAUA